UCCCCAAAUCCGUGCGGAGAGAGAAAGGGAGAUGCAGCGGCGGAUGGCGAUGACGUGGCGGAGGGUGGGGAAAGCGGCUCAGGCGCUGGUGGCGCAGGGCUUGCUCAUCUGCUUUACCCUCUCCCUUGCUCUAAAGAUCGAUGGCCGGACGCACUACCCUUGGUGGAUAAUCUUCUUCCCUCUUUGGCUAUUUCAUGGUGUUGUUGCACGAGGGAGAUUCUCCUUGCCUGCUCCUUCACUACCGCAUGAUCGUCAUUGGGCACCUUCUCAUGCUGUUGUGGCAACGCCAUUACUAAUUUCCUUCGAGUUGCUUCUUUGUAUUUAUCUCCAGGGCAUCAGCGUUAAUGGUGAACCUGCUGUUAACUUGAAGAUUGUAUUUAUUCCACUGCUAGCCUUUGAAAUAAUCAUUCUUGUUGACAAUGUCAGAAUGUGUAGGACCUUAAUGCCCGGAGAUGAAGAAAGCGUGAGUGAUGAAGCCAUAUGGGAGACACUUCCUCACUUCUGGGUUGCAAUCUCUAUGGUGUUUCUCAUUGCCGCUACCACUUUCACACUUCUUAAACUUUGUGGUGAUGUUGGAGCUCUUGGAUGGUGGGAUUUAUUUAUAAACUUCGGAAUUUCAGAGUGCUUUGCAUUCCUAGUUUGUACAAAGUGGUCUAACCCAAUGAUUCAUAGACAAGCUCAUUAUGGAGAGCCUAGUUCAUCCUCAGCAAUUAGAUAUCAUGAUUGGAAUAGUGGCCUCAUGCUCCCUUCUGUGGUGGACCAUGAGCAGGAUAGGCUUUGUGGUCCACAAGAUAUAGGAGGCCAUAUAAUGAAAAUUCCACUUGUGGUUUUCCAAAUUUUGUUAUGUAUGCACUUGGAGGGAACGCCAUCUGGAGCUCGACAUAUUCCCAUCUUUACCAUAUUUUUGCCCAUAUUUAUUUUACAAGGUGCUGCUGUCCUAUUUGCUAUUUCAAGAUUGGUGGAGAAGCUUGUUCUUUUAUUAUAUAAUCAAUCAGUUGACGGUAGAUAUCUUGCUGUUUCAUCAAGAGCACAGGAUUGCUUCACUUUCUUACAUCAUGGCUCUAGACUGCUGGGUUGGUGGUCUAUUGAUGAAGGAAGCAAAGAAGAACAAGCUCGCUUAUUUCAUGCCAAUGCCACUGGAUACAGCACUUUCUGCGGCUAUUCGCCUGAGGUGGUGAAGAAAAUGCCUAAGAAGGAACUUGCAGACGAGGUUUGGAGACUACAAGCAGCUUUGGGAGAACAAGCUGAAAUAACAAAGUAUAGUCAGCAAGAGUAUGAGAGGCUUCAAAACGAAAAAGUUCUCUGUAGUAUUUGCUUUGAUGGAGAGAUAUGCAUGGUCCUCCUUCCUUGCCGGCACCGCACUCUCUGCAAGCCUUGCUCUGAGAGGUGCAAGAAGUGUCCUAUUUGCCGUGUCUCCAUCGAGGAGCGUAUGCCAGUAUAUUAUGUGUAGACCCUGACCAAGAUCUUAACAAGAAUGUGCAACUGUAUAGCUUUAUCAUCUGUUAGAAAGGUUUUGGUGUGUGUUCUGUUCUCACCCUCGUAUUGUACAUAACACGGACAUGAUCUGAUUACAACCUGUGUAAAGCUGUUUGUCCUGCAUCAAUUCUCUAUCCGCAGAAAAACAGGAAAAAAAGAAAACAGAAUCUCUUUUAUUUCU